UACUACUGAUUUACUCUCUUAACAUCAUUUCUCUCUCUCUAAUUAAACACACAAAAAUUAACAACCAAUAAUAAAAAUAAUCAUGCCAACCAGACCACCACCUGUAUCUCCAUCUCCACAACCACUUCCGCCGCCACCCAACCACCACAAUAACCACCUCAUACCACCACUCGCCGUCGCUUUUUCCUUCCUACUAAUCCUAACUUUCUGCUUCCGCAAAUCACGCAAACAACGAACUGUCCCAACCGACUCAAAACCGCCACACAAAUUCUCCUACACCGCUCUUCGUACCGCCACGUCAUCCUUUUCUCCAUCUAAUCGUCUCGGACAAGGCGGUUUCGGUUCCGUAUAUCGCGGAACGUUAACUAACAACCAAAACGUCGCCGUUAAAGUCAUGGACGCCGGUUCCUUACAAGGCGAACGUGAGUUUCAAAACGAGCUUUUGUUCGCCGGAAAAAUCGAUUUUGAUCGGAUUCUGUCUGUCGUCGGAUUCUCAUCUGACCGAAAACGACGUCGUAUGGUGCUUGUGUAUGAGCUGAUGGAUAACGGAAGCUUACAGGACUGUUUGUUUCAUAGAAAAUGUGUGGAAUUAAAAAAUUGGAAUAAAAGAAUAUCCGUUGCUAUAGAUAUAGCAAAAGGUAUUGAAUAUUUGCAUCAUUAUUGUGAUCCGCCUAUUAUACAUGGUGAUAUUAAGCCUAGUAAUAUUUUAUUAGAUAUUAAUUUUAAUGCUAAAAUUGGUGAUUUUGGAUUAGCUAGGUUUAAAUUAUUAUUACCUGAUAAUAAUAAUGAGUGUAGGAUUGAUUUAAAUAGUAAGAUUAUUGAGGACGGUAAAAAAGUUAUUUUAGAGGAUAAUGGAUCUGUUUUUGAGGAGACAGAGAGUAUAGCUGCUACUACUAUUACUGUGUGUGAUGAGUUUAGUGUUGUUCCGGAUCAGUCGCCGGAGAGUUUUGUGACUGUUCCGAUUGCAGAGACUUCGCCAGAGACGGUGAAUCAGUCUCCGAGGAUGGAUGUUGAUGCGGUGAGUGUUGAGAGUGGUGGCGGUGGGAGUGUGAAGAAGAGUGAGAGGGGGAAGAAGAGUGUUAUGGGUAAGGAUUGGUGGUGGAAACAAGAUAAUGGAAUGUCGGAGUCAGGUCGUGUGAAGGAUUAUGUGAUGGAGUGGAUUGGGAGUGAGAUUAAGAAGGAGAGGCCUAAGACGGAAUGGAUUACGACCGGGGCGUCGUCCAGUGCAGGACAAGUUGGGAAGGGGGAGAAGAAGAGUAAGAAUAAGAAACGAUUAGAUUGGUGGAUGUCGUUGGAUGAGGAUAAGAAUGUGAAGAAACCAAAGAGGAGGCCAGCUAGGGAAUGGUGGAAGGAGGAAUACUGUGAUGAACUUGCUAGAAAGAGAAAGAAGAAUAUGAAGAAGCAGGAGAAAGAAUUGAGUAAUCUUAAUGGUAACAGCGAUAAUUGGUGGCCUAAAGAUGACGAAUCGUAUGCGGAUAAGAAGAAAAAGAGGAGCAGGAGUAGGGGCGGUAGCAGAGGUAGUGUCGAUUGGUGGUUGGAUGGUCUUAGUGGUGAGCUUUGGCGCACGAGACAUAAUAGUCAUGAUUCGGUCAGCGGUGAUAUUCCCAAAAGUGGUGGUAUUAGUAGCACGCCAAGCAUGAGGGGGACUGUGUGUUAUGUUGCCCCUGAGUAUUCAUGUGGUGGGGAUCUUUCAGAGAAGUGUGAUGUUUAUAGCUUCGGGGUUCUUCUUUUAGUUCUGAUUGCUGGUCGGAGACCACUCCAGGUGACUGGAUCACCCAUGUCUGAAUUUCAACGGGCUAAUCUUCUGUCCUGGGCACGUCAUCUUGCUCGUGCUGGGAAACUUCUUGAUCUUGUGGAUCAAUCUAUUCAAUCAUUAAACAGGGAGCAAGCUUUGGUUUGUGUUACAGUGGCACUUCUCUGCCUGCAAAAGUCUCCUGCACUUCGCCCUUCUAUGAAAGAGGUAGUGGCAAUGCUCUCUGGAGAACUGGAGCCACCCCCGCUACCAAUGGAAUAUUCUCCUUCACCGCCAUCUCGUUUCAGAUCCCAUAGGAAAGCACGAAAACCACAAUCCUAGUCUCAUGUAAUGAAAAUGAGAGCCUGGAAUCAGAUUUGUUUGCAACAAAAUAUGGGCAAGAUGUAUGAAUACUUGAAUACUUUGAUCUAGAGCAGCUAGUCAGCUACAUCUUUAUAUCCAAGAAAACGAAUGUGGGUCUCGCUCAUGUGCAGACAUAAAUCAAUCACUAAGGUUAAAAUAUAUUUUGUCCAGCCGCAUAACUGGCACUAUGGAGCCUGCCCACCAUGUGCUUUGUGACGAGGAAACCCUUAUGGGCACGAUUGCAAGCUAAGGUGUCAUGGUGCUAUACCUCCUCCUAAUCCCGAGUUUACUUUGAGACCAAAGAAAAAGAGAAUAUCUUCAGAGUGGAAGUACUCUUGGGCUCCUGGCUCUAUAUGCCCACCGUGCCCAGAACUUGUUUGGAGGUCAUGUGUUGGUGAACAUAUUGCAGCCAAGAAGAUGAUGAUCUGCCCAAAUAAGGCAAAGUUUUCUUGUGAUACUUAUUGUGGAAACCUUUUCCCAUCUGGCAAUCAUUUUUGCGCUAAAACAGUAAAACCUGCCAUUCUCUCAUCAUGGUUCCAUGUGAAGAGUGCAAUUUACCUUGCCUACAGGUACCCACCAAGUGGAAUUUUCGUUUGUAGGUGAUAGGUAUGGAACGCCAGAUCAACCACCACCGCCUGCAUAUAUGAUCGUGAUGUCAGCCCAAGGAGCACUUUAUUAAAAAUCUAUGGGGACAGCUGGUCCGUAUGACCCUUCUAGAAGAGAAGGAGGCUGCCCUCAUUGUUUGACUAUUGAAAACCUUUCUACAUGUCUGCUGCGAAUAGUUAGAACUCAUUUUCUGCUUUCUUGUCUUGCUUAGUACUAGAAUCGCAUAGUUAUUAACGA